AUGCCCAACCCAAAUCAUGUUGAUGGGUUCUCCUCUUUGCCUACAGAGAUCUUCGAAACGCUUCUGUCUCAUUUAGAUCUCGACUCGAUAAAGGCUUUGCGUCUGACAAGUGGAAGUCUCGCUAGAAGAUGCAUCGGUCCCCGAUUUCUAGAGUCCAUUCAACAACCUGUACUCGAUGUCUCGUUGGAGAAUCUUCGGUCUCUUCUUGCCUUGUCUCGUAACCAUGAUUUGAGCAAGAAGAUCACUUCUCUUACUUUUUUAGCUACGAUUAUGGACAUUUCCGGAUUGGAGCGAGACAUAAAAAAUGGAUGGUAUAGUGUCGACGAUUUCAAGGCGCCCACCCUUGAAGAAACCGAAUUCGACUUUUCUCCCGAAGAACUUUCCAAGGCGAAGGAUGACCUUAAAUGGUUAAAAAAGCAAAAAGAAGGGAGAGAAACGGAGUCAUCGAGCGAUGUAACUGGACUCCUUCAACUUGCGCUCGAAAAUUUGGGAGAUCUGGAUUCCAUUCACUUGAAUAGUGCGGUUAUCAGAGGCCCAAAGCAGAGAAGGUCGCUUAAGUAUGGGGAAUGGAUCCCGCUGUGGACGAGAGCCUCAAAGGUUUUCUCAUGGGUUACAACAGCACUAGCAAAGAGCCAGGCCUCGGUGAAGACAUUCGACGCCUAUCAAAGUAAUCGCGAAUGCGGCCUCGAAGCUAGCAAUAUCGACCGUCACGAGUUGACACAUGACCCAACGGAGCAUGUAUGGUCUUGCAAGGCGUUAGAAUCACUCGAGAUGAGCAUCUCGGGAGAGGUACAAGAUGCCCUGGACUUCAAAAGGAAAUUAGAAGAGGAAGACGAAGAGGACGAGGACGAUGACAGAAUCUACGAAGAGGACGACCAAGCAAAUGCUAGGAAGGAAUCUUGUACUUCUCAGGAGAAUCAGAUUGAACUAUCGAGAAAACCUUCGUUCUUCCUCAGGUCUGCGCCCGGUCUUCGAAAGCUUGAACUCUCGUUUCGUCGUACUGCCGAACUAGAUUUGAAGUUCAAAGAGAAAUACGACUGGAUCAUUGACAGUAUUGCCCGUGAAGCUGAGUUUCCAAAGUUGGAGGCGUGUACCUUCACUGGAUUUCCGGCCAAGGGCGAAUCAAUCCUGCUUUUUCUUGAGAAACAUCCCGGUCUUCGUUCAUUAAGAAUUCAUGAGUGCCAUUUGAGCAGUGGUUCUUGGACUCCAAUAUUUGCUUAUCUGGAGCAAUCAAUGCCUGAACUCCAACAUUUGAGCUUCUCAAAUUUGUUUGGAAAGCACAUGCAAAAUCACAAGUACGCACAAGCACAAGAGCUGAACGAGGAUUUCGGCAGGGACAAGAGAGAGGAUGACUGGCAGGAAGGCGAUGGUUUGGUUAUUUGGCAUACUAAUCCCAGACCCCGUUGGACAAGAUACACGUCAACUACAGGGAGCGGUGUACACACCAUAAGUUUCAAUCGCGAGGAAAUAAAAAUGGGGCUUGUUUCCCGGCCUCUAAAUCCUGGGCCAGGUCGAGUCAAAGGCUCCGCUGAGAAUUGGCGGUGGCGGAAGAAUCGGCUCACACUAUAUGGACCUCUUUCAUAG